AUGUCCGACCGAUCCAUGACGUCCAAGUUCACCUACGGUGAAGAGACGUAUCGUCCUGCCUUUCCCCCACCGCCUCCAGGAUUCGAUCCCGUCCGCGUUCCAUCCCAUCGGUUCGGCAAUUUCUGUCAUAUAUCAUAUGGCUUACCUUUCGAGGUUGCCUGCGCACGUCAUGUUGCAGAUACCUUUCACAGCUCGCGUGUGUACGUCUUGGCGUCGGGAUCGCUGACACGGAACACAGAUGCGCUGAAACGAUUGGAGGCUGCGCUAGGAGAGAAAGUCGUUGGCAAGACGGUAGGGAUGAAGAGCCAUACGCUCUGGAGCGAAGUUAUCAAAGUCGUGAACGAGUGUCAGCAGCUUCAGGUUGAUUUGAUCGUUACACUCGGAGGGGGCAGUCUUUCGGACGGCGCAAAGCUCGUCGCAAUAGCACUGGCCAACGACGUCGCGGUUGCCGAGGACCUGCGGCGCCUACCAACCAGCAUGAACCCUUCUGUCGAGGGCACUAAGGACCCGACGAUCCCUCUAAUUUGCAUUCCUACUUCACUCUCCGGAGGUGAAUAUAGUAACCCCGCGGGGGCCACUGAAGACAGCAACCUACAAAAGCACCAGUUCCUCCCUCCGAUUAAGCGUGGCGGGCCCGCCCUCGUGGUACUCGAUCCUGGGCUGACAAUGGCGACGCCAGAUUCUCUUUGGCUCUCAUCAGGCAUCCGUGCAGUGGAUCACUUCGUCGAGGUCCUGUGCUCACUCCGCUCGAACCCAUCGAGCGAUGCAGACGCAGAGCAUGGCCUGCGCCAACUUGUCCCAGGCAUCCUGCGGUGCAAACGCGACAAAAGCGAUAUCGAGGCACGCUUCGCUUGCCAGUUAGGUCUCAUCGAUGCCAUUGGCGCUGUCUUCCGCAAUUACGUGCCCCUGGGUGGUUCUCAUGCGAUUGGCCACAUGCUGGGUCCCCUGGGCGUCGGGCAUGGCGAAACAAGCUGCAUUCUGCUCCCUGCAGUGUGCAAAUACAAUGCUGCCCACGGCGCAAAUGUCGAGCGACAGAAGGCGGUGCUCACGUUAUUGUGGAGCGUGGACGACAUGCGGGUUGUGGCGCGGGAGGCCGGACUGAAGGAGGAUGAAGCUGAUCUGGGGGACAUGAUCGAUGCAUUCGUGCGCUCACUUGGCUUGCCGAGGAGCCUGAAGGAGGUGGGGGUGGGCCGGGACAAGCUGGAUGGGCUGGCGGAAAACAGCCUGCAGGACAUUUGGAGCGAGUCUAAUCCUGUACCACUGGUAAGGAGGGAGCAGAUCUUGGAGAUCUUGGAAAUGGUUGUCGAUUAG